UUUUAUGCUGCAUUGGACUGUAAACAAGUUUGACAUUUCAUUUAAACCAUCACUCACUUUUUCCGCUUCUAGCUGUUUUCAAGCCAAAACACAGAAAAUUUACAUCUAAACUACAGCACUUAUUCGUUAUAAUACUUAAUUUUAGAGAAACAAACGUGAAUGAAAAUGUUCGAAGUAUACUGUCGGUUAUGUCUGCAACAGGUGCCCCUACAAAAUAUCCAUUCCCUCUACGGUAAACACAAGGAAUUUUUGAUACGAGACAAAUUCUACGAUCUGUUUCAAAUUCAGAUUUCAGACACUGAAAAACUAUCAACGGUUUGCAACGAUUGCUUAGAGAAAAUUGAAACUGUAGAUGAAAUUCGUACAUUUUUCUUGGAAGCAGAUAAAAAGUUCAAAGCAUUUUUGACUGGAAGCCCCGGUGGAUCUAAUCAGGAAAUCGAUAAUGAUGCUAACACAAAGCAGCCUUCGAAAGGCGAAAUAUCCAACGACACAUCCUCCGCAAAUCUCGAAAAAGAUGAUAAAAAUGCUUCAGUCGACUCGAAUGAUGGUUCGAUUGAAGAAGAUUGCCAAAUAAUCAAAGCAGAGUUUGAGCCUUCUAGCCAGGAACCGGAUGAAAUUGAAGCACUCGAAGACGAACACCAUUCCGAUGAUGAUCCGGUUAUGAUUGACGAUUGCGAGAACGAGAAUUUGUCCGAAUCCGCUUUUGACCUGAACAAACUCGAAGACCAGCAGCCUCAAAGUAUGGAAGAAGACGAAGAGGAGGAGUACAUUGUCCAUCCGAGUGGAGUUAUCUAUAGUUCCGAUCAGAGCAGCGAUUUGGUCACAGUGGAUCAUCAAGCAAUGUCGGACAUUAUCUCUGAUGGAGAGUCGUCUGAUAUGAGGGAGCUAGUCGAAGUUUCGGCGAGUGUGUCCGGCGACAAUGUAUUCAGCAUUGUUACUCUUGAUUAUCAAUGCAACGUUUGUAACGACAUAUUUGAAAACGCUGUUACAUUUAUUCAGCACACAAAUACUGUGCACAAAGAAGAAUAUACACAAAACUGCAAACAUUGCUAUUUGAUUUACAAAACUAAGGAAGAACUGAUUGCUCAUGACUGCGCAGUGAAGCCGAAAAUUUUUGAGUGUUCAGAAUGUUCAAACAGAUUUCAAACAUUGAAAGAUUUGCGAACUCACACCAAGCAUGUACAUAGCUCCUCACAAGCAUACGGCGAGACUCCAAGAAAAGUUAACCUUUUCAAAUGUGAUUACUGUGAUCUGACCAUGAACAGCAAUCAACAUUUACUAGAUCACGUACAGGCAGCUCACGCGACGGAAUACGUACUACAUCUGUGUGACCAAUGUGACCGAUCUUUUGGAAAUACUCAAACCCUGAAGGCGCACAUGGCUGCCCACGAGCGCAACUACAAGUGCAGCUUUUGCGGAAAGUUAUGUCCAACCGCCGUUUCACUAGCUGGACACGAAAAUACCCACACCAAGGAUCAACCCUUUCAAUGCUCGCAAUGUGGCCGGAAUUUCGCCCAGUACACCAGUAUGCGCAGGCACAUGAAGAUCCACUUCAACGAGAAGGCAUACCAGUGCGACUUCUGUGCGAAACGGUUCCGCCAGAGGACGGUGAUGUUAACCCACCGGAGGAUCCACACUGGGGAGAAACCCUUUUCCUGCGGGACUUGCAACAAAACGUUUCGCGAUCACAGCACACUGGCGAAGCAUAAAAGGAUUCACGAGAAGAAACCACCUGCCAACAAGAAUUAGAAUCUAUGUACGCAUAUGUGUUGAUUUGUAAUAAAUUAUAGCUGAAUUUCUUUUACACA